UUUUAUUCAUAUAAAUUCAAAAAUUCAGGUUUACGAACACAAGUUAUAUAUGAUAUUAAUGAAUUUGCAGUUAAUUUGGAAAAUAAAUUAAAUGAAAAUGAUUGCAUAGCAUUUGAUGGUGGUUACUACUACUAUAUUGAAAAAUUUAUAGAAAAUUGUGAUAGAAAAAGAAAUGAUAAA